AUGGCGCGAACCUGUUGGCUGGCACUGGGGGUCAUUUUGGCCGCCGCCGUCGCCCGGGCUUCAUCUCCGGCGUCCAGUCAGGACUUGGAGUUUACCUUCUUGUUGCCGGCGGGCAGCAAAGACUGCUUCUACCAGACCGUAGACAAGGAGAACAGCCUGGAAUUUGAAUACCAAGUGAUCGGCGAGUCGAAUCUGGACGUCAACUUCGUCAUGUUUUCGCCCGGCGGCCGGCGGGACUUCGACGACCACCGGAGACCUCACGGCAUCCACAAGGUGGAGCGGACCGAACGAGGCGACUACCAGAUGUGCUUUGACAACACCUUCAGCAAGAUGAAGGAGAAAUUGUUGUUCUUCACGCUCAUCAUCAGCAACCCCAACAGCACGGCCCAAGAUGGCCGCUCCGUGGACGCCGCCGCCGCCGCCGCCAACUCCACAGCCGUCGGCAAGACCUUGGAGUUAAGGCUGGCGGACUUCAGGGCGCGCCUGGUUGCGAUGAACUCGCAGAUCCAAAGGAGCCGCGUGAUCCAGCUCAUGUUGAGGACCUUCGACAAGCGGGACCAGCGUCUGCAGGACAACAACCUGUGGAGGGUCAGCUUCUGGUCCGGCGUCAGCGUCGUCGUCAUCCUGGGCGUGGCCGCAGCGCAGGUUCGCAUGCUCGAGUCGUUCUUUCCAGCGAGCUAGAACCGCCUGCCGGAAGUUGAGAAGGGGGGGGGGUGGCGCUCCCCAAUGAGAACCCGAGUGAGCUUUUGUACCUCAAAUCCACUUUGUCUGUGUCUUUUUAAAUAAAGUAAGGCGUAACGUUAUUGGAUGGAUUUUUUUUUUUUU